AUGUCGCGCUCCUCGACCACUCUCUACGUUUCUGGCUUUGGUCCUGCCACUCGCGCUCGCGAUCUUGCCUAUGAGUUCGAACGUUACGGACGCCUUGUGCGCUGCGACAUUCCCGCUCCCAGAACCUCUUCCAGCAGACUUUUCGCCUUUGUCGAGUACGAGAGCCGCCGUGAUGCCGAUGACGCCUACCACGAGAUGCACAACCGCCGCAUCAGCCGCAACGAGGAAUUGAAGAUCGAGUGGGCCAGAACCCCUCCCUCUGCUUCUUGGCGCUUCGAUGCCGGUCGUCCUCCUCGCGGUGAGCGCGGAGACCGUGGCGAUCGCGGUGAUCGCGGUGACCGUGGCGACCGCCGUGACCGUUCUCCUCGUCGCCGCUCCACCAGCCCUGCACCCCGUUCCCGCCGUGGCGACAACUCUCCUCGCAAGGAAGACCGCCGCGACCGCGACUACGACCGCCGCGACCGCACCCGCAGCCCCGAGGACCGCGAGCGCGAGAGAGACCGUGAUGUCAGAGACCGCGAUGACGACCGCGAGCGUGAGACCAAGCGCGACGACGACCAACCCGCCGUCGAGUCCCCUCCUGCUGCCGCAGCCCACGACGACCUUGACACUGCCGAGUAG